UCGUCCUCUUGUACCGUAUUCAGUUGACUGCGUCCUGCAAGAAGAAACGGACACAAUGUCAGAAGUUAGUUUAACAAAAAAAAACGUGUGGCAGUAUUACGAAAAAGUGUCGGGUUACCAAGCAAAAUGCAGAUUUUGCAGGUAUGAAGUGAUUUACAUCAAUAUAAAUUUUAGUAAACAUAUAGAAAAGCAUCCUCGUAUAAUAGAAUACGAAAAAUAUAAAGGACGACAAGAAUGGCCAUGGAUAUGUUUCAAGUACAACGAUAUUUCCACCUCACAAUGUGUUUUCUGUUGUGAGAAUAUCCGAUCUGAUUUUCAAUUUUUAGCUAAUCAUUUAAAACAAAAGCAUUCUAAUGAAGUGGAGAGUUACAUAAUUUACGAUUGGAGAUGGAAAUAUUUUGCGAAAGUUAAUGAUUUUAAAAUUGAAUGUACCGUGUGUAUCUACGGUGAAUCAUUUAUUUCUCUGUCAAGCAGUAUAAGGAGACAUUUAGUACGUUACCAUUUGGAAGAAUUAAAAAAUGCACAAGAAGCACGCGACAUAGCUCUUUCGUUGGAAACCGUUCGAAAUUUAAAAAUUAUGGAAAUUAAAGAAAACAUGUGGGAAUAUUAUACCAAAGUGACGUAUUUUCAAGUAAAAUGCAAAUUCCAAAAUACCCAUCUAUUUCCUAGUAAUAGUUUUUUUCAAUUUUAUACGCAUGUAAAACAAGAACAUGAAGUAAUCUGUAAAUGGGAAGAGGAUCACAUAAUUGAAAAAUGGCCAUGGAUGUAUUUUAGGUAUUCGUACGAAUAUAUUUCCGAUAAAAGCAUACUAUUCUCAGAAUGUUUGUUCUGUGGUGAAUUCUUUCCGGCCGAUAAAAUUUCUACAACGACACAUCUCUCAGACAAGCAUUCUGCGACAAAAAUGCACAAUUUUACAGAUAAUUGGAUAAUAAAAUAUGUUAUACAAAGUGCUGACACUAGAAAGUUAAAAUGUACUAUUUGUUGCAAAUACUUAACCAUUGAUAUUAUUAGUGAAAUAUAUUGUCAUACAAUUAAAUGUCAUCCGGAACAAUUGCAAUCGAUUAUUUCAAGAAAAGACACGCAAAAACUGUGGCAAAAUUACAAAAAUUUGCGAAAUUUUCAAGUACAAUGCCAACAUUGCGAUUUUCAAUAUUGUUAUAUCAAUACAACAAACUUUAUUGAUCACGUAAAAAGAGAGCAUAUUCAUGAAUAUAAUUACGAAGAAACAAACGGGAAACAAUGGCCGUUCAAGUUUUUCAACUUUAUUAGCUCAACUACCGUACAAUGUUGCCUUUGUAUUGUUAUUAUUUCAUCUUUUGAUAUAAAUAAAUUGGAAACUCACUUGAAUCUGCAUUUUUCUGAGAAACCGGAUUACUUUAUCGACUGCGACUGGAUAUGGAAAUACUGUAAAAAAGUUGGUGAUUUUGAAGUGGAAUGUUUUUGUCAGAGGAAAAUAUCUCUUGACGUUUCGUUAUGGUAUUUUGAUUAUCACAUUGCAGCUACACAUCCGAACAGGCUGCCAAGUACACAGAGAACGCAUGACAUAGCUGAACCAUCAGGAAGCCAACCAAACUGAAGAAAACAGGUUAUCCAGAGUUUGACAAUGAUAUAAAGAUGGAAUGAUGAUAAGGAAGUUCAAGUAGCAUCACAACCAACGACAACGGCAAUUUUAAUUUUGACGAUUCAAAUGAUUUGAAGUACACGAGAAAAGUGGCAUAUCUUUUGACGUAUAAUUCGUUUUACUUUUAUAAGUUAUAAAUAUGUUCAUAAAGUUAUGUGUCACAUAAAUAACAAGUAUUGGAACUUAUUAUUUACGCUUACAAAUUUUAUUUAAGUGUACUAUGUUUUUAAUUUAUAAACUAUGUUUAUAAGUUUAUAAAGACGAUUUUAUGAAU